AUAUUAUCUGAUCUUUUGAUUUUUGUCUUUUGUGUUUCGUGUUUAAGGUAUUUUCUGUCGUUUUUACUUUUCAUUACUCCUUUGUUUUGCUUCGCUUGAGUUGAGCGACUUAAAACUGUCUCUUAAAAAUUUGUGUAUGCUCUGAUCGCUUCAGACCCUAAUUUGUCUGAUUUCACGGGAUAGUGUAGUGUUGAAGUGAAGGAAAAUGGCAGGGAAAGGAGGGAAAGGCCUUGUAGCGGGGAAAACAACAGCUGCGGCGGCUGCCAACAAAGAGAAAGACAAGAAAAAGCCAAUCUCUCGUUCAUCUCGAGCUGGCCUGCAGUUUCCAGUGGGAAGAAUUCACCGUCAGCUCAAGAGCAGAACCUCAGCCCAUGGCAGGGUUGGUGCAACAGCAGCUGUUUACUCAGCUGCAAUUCUGGAGUACUUGACUGCAGAGGUUCUUGAAUUAGCUGGUAAUGCAAGCAAGGAUCUUAAAGUGAAGAGAAUCACCCCCAGGCACUUGCAACUGGCCAUUCGCGGAGACGAGGAGCUUGACACACUUAUCAAAGGGACCAUUGCUGGUGGUGGUGUCAUCCCUCACAUUCACAAGUCCCUAAUAAACAAAACCUCCAAGGAGUGAAUUUCUCCUUUUUUAUCUUAGAUGUAUCAUGACUAAUGACACUGCCUAUGUUUAUGUUUUUUCCUCUCUUAUCUGGGUUGGUAUGGUACUUGUUGGUCAUGCUUGAUUAGAAUAACUUCUCUGAUGUAAUGAACAUAUUAGUUUGGUAUUUUUACUUUGUUGGUUUUAGUUGGUAUGUGGCUUGUUGAUGUAUGUAUGUCAUGGCACUUUAUCAGCCUUCUCUGCAUUGGCUGCCAGAGUAACUGUGUAUUAGACUUGAAUAUCUGUUUACAAACUUUACACUUUUGAGUUUGAGAA